AUCUUCGGCACUAGUUCCGCAUUAUAUGUCCAAACACAAAAUGUUGUGACAAUCACUGACGCUGACCUAAACUACUUCAAUACUUUGAAGUAGAAGAUCCAAGAUCGAGGAGCUCCUAUCUUUCGGAACUUAUUCUUCUGACUGUCGGCGUAAUUCUCGGUUAACUGUGUAAGAAUCUGGUCUGAGGGAGAAGGGAGGAGGAGGUGGAAGAAGAAGAGCUUGUUUCCGGCACUGCAGAAUUGAAUGUUCAAACCCUAGUUGUUUGAUGGUGAUUCCUCUCUGCUGCUUUGAAAGUCUUCUGCCGGCAAAUUACUGACAUUUUGGCUAGUGAAGGCUCCGGCUCCAUCUUACAGCAAGUUUGUGGCUGCAGCUAUAAUGUUUGGUCGGUGGUCUACUUCUCGUCACGAGGAAGAUAACAGUGAAGAACAAACUGCAUCGAAGAUUAAUGAGCUAAGGGCUAAGUUAGGACCCUUAGUCGGACGAAAUUCCAUAUACUGCAGCGAUGCAUGUUUAAAAAGAUAUUUAGUUGCUAGGAAUUGGAGUGUAGACAAAGCAAAGAAAAUGCUGGAAGAGACAUUCAAAUGGAGAUCUAUGUGUAAGCCUGAGGAAAUCCGUUGGCCUCAAGUAGCACAUGAAAGUGAGACUGGAAAACUUUAUCGAGCGAGCUUUCAAGACCGAGAAGGAAGAACUGUUCUUAUAAUGAAGCCAGGAAAGCAGAACACAAAUUCAUUAGAGAAUCAGAUUUGGCAUUUGGUAUACCUUAUGGAGAAUGCUAUUCUCAACCUUCCUGAAGGUCAAGAACAGAUGUUGUGGCUGAUUGAUUUCAAUGGUUGGUCUCUUAGCACCAGCGUGCCAAUCAAAUCUGCACGAGAGACUGUCAACAUCUUGCAAAACCACUAUCCUGAGAGACUAGCCUUAGCAUUUCUAUAUAAUCCUCCAAGGAUAUUUGAAGCGUUCUGGAGGGUUGUCAAAUACUUUCUAGAUCCCAAAACAUUCCAGAAAGUGAGAUUUAUUUAUCCUAAGAAACAAGAGAGCGUGGAACUCAUGAAGUCAUAUUUUGAUGAGGAGAAUCUUCCAUCAGAGUUUGGAGGAAAAGCCCAACUGGAAUAUGUCCACGAGGAGUACUCUAGAUUAAUGAUUCAAGAUGAUAUAAAAUGUGCUGCCUUCUGGGAAUCUGGUGAAAAGCAACACCAGAUCAUCAAUGGCUACCCCAGUGCAGUGGUGGCUCCAGAGAGAGUGUGCCUUGCAACUGAUGGGCGAGCUGAGCCAUGAGACCGUAUUAGUCACACAGAUUGUCACUUGUAACUGCGGCCUAGCCCCUUAAAAUGAGUUUCGUUUAAGAACUUUUCAUGGUCUAUAGGAGAUAUAGAGGGAAAAGGUUUGUUGAGAACCCUUAAGAAUUUUACUGAUCUUGCCUAAUUAAACGUGAUGGAGAAAUCCUGUUCUUCUCACUGGUCAUCAUAGCUGGUUAUAACCCUUCAAAUUUAUCCUAUAAAAGAUUGAUCGAUUUGAUUGACUGAUA